AUGGUCCACCCGGAGACCAUCCAGCCCUCGCUCUCGCGACGGAACAGCACCAGGCCUUCCAACCUCAGCAUCCACCACGCCACCCAGAGCUGGAACCCCGACAUCGUCCUCGAUGACCAGGACUCUCCCUCGCCUGCACACAUGAACAUAAACGGAAACGGUGCAGGCCACCAGCAGACGGCGAGCUCUCGGACCCAGCAGCUGCGUACGCCGCACGUCGAUUCUGCAGUGGUACAUUCGCCUUGCUUUGUGCACUCCCACCUCGACAAGGGAGCAUCUUUCUCGGACUGGCUUAAGCAGGGCAAUGGCCCCUCACCACCCGAUGUCGGUGUCGCGCCUUCACUCCAAUCUCAAUCUCCCUCAGGAGGUAGCUCUUCCGGCUCUUCUGGCGGCCAGCCUCAGCCAAAUCGACACCGUCGUUAUCGCAAGCUCGAUAACGGCAAGAUCCUCCCCCUGCCUUACAAUGAACAACCAAUGUCCGACUAUGCUGUCGACAAUGAGAUUGACUUUGAGGAGGAGUAUGAGGAGGAUGGCGGUAGUCUCACUAGACAACUUGCAGAGACCGCCGUUGGCGUUCGCGAAAUGAGCAAACAGCUUGGUCGAGCACGCAUCAAGUCGCACAUUCAAAACGUUCUCAUCGUCACAAAGGCCCGCGACAACAGGCUCAUCCAGCUCACGCGCGAGCUCGCCCUCUACCUCAUGACUAAACCCCGCUACGGAGGCCGUGGGCUUGUCGUUUACGUCGACCACCAGCUUCGUACUUCGCGAAGGUUCGACGCCGCAGGGAUCGAGCGCGACCAUCCCGAGCUCUUCUUCCCUCAUCCGAGGAGGAGGUCUUCCAGCAGCACCUCGCUCGCGUCCAAUUCGACGGACGAGAGUACAGCGUCGAACGAGAAUGGACAGCUUAGGUAUUGGACCGCAGACAUGUGUAGUCGAAGCCCACAUCUCUUCGAUUUCGUGGUCACCCUCGGUGGCGACGGAACCGUUCUCUUCACAUCAUGGCUCUUCCAACGCAUCGUCCCUCCAGUCCUCCCCUUCGCCCUCGGCUCCCUCGGUUUCCUCACCAACUUUGACUUCGCGGACCAUCAAGCCGUCAUGGACAGCGCGCUCGAGUCCGGGAUCCGCGUCAACCUCCGGAUGCGAUUCACAUGCACCGUCUAUCGCGCCGUCCCGGCCGAAGAGCUCCUCCGCGCCGGGAAGGGAAAGCGCAAGGCGGUGAAGAAGGCGAAUACGGGGGAGAUCAUGAUGAGGAAUAUCGAGAAGGGGGGAUGGGAGGCGUUGGAGAGUGGGUGGUAUGGACAUGAUAAGGAGAAGCCGGAGGGAGGGAAGGCGCAGAAGGAUAAGGAGAUUAUGUGUUUUACGACGAGGCCGGUGGAGAGUUUUGAGGUGAUUAAUGACUUGGUGGUGGAUAGGGGCCCCAGUCCGUAUGUCAGUAUGCUGGAGCUGUUUGGCGAUGAGCAUCACAUGACGACCGUACAAGGAGACGGACUCACAAUAUCGACACCCACCGGAUCCACCGCAUACUCUGCUUCGGCCGGCGGAUCGCUCGUCCAUCCAGAGAUCCCAGCGAUCCUCAUCACGCCUAUCUGUCCGCACACAUUGUCGUUCAGACCUAUGCUCCUGCCUGACAGCAUGGAGGUCCGUAUUUGCGUGCCUUUUAAUUCGAGGAGCACGGCUUGGGCAUCGUUUGAUGGACGGGGACGUGUGGAGUUGAAACAGGGUGACCACAUCAAAGUGACCGCCUCGAAAUAUCCCUUCCCCACCGUCUGCGCCGACAAGCAAUCUACGGACUGGUUCCACUCCAUCUCCCGCACUCUCAAAUGGAACGAACGGGAGCGGCAGAAGUCGUUCGUCGUCGUCGAGGAGGGACCGGCGAAGCGGAGGAAGGAGCCACAGUCGCAGGGGCAGGCUGUUGCCGAUGAUGAUGAUCCGGAUACGAACGAUGAGCUGGGAGGGGACGAUGAGGAGGAUGAUGAGGAUGACGACGAUGAGGAAGAGGAGGAGGAGAAGUUCGAUAUAGACGAUCUUUCCCCCGAAAGCGCGGUGAUCGACCUCCAGAAACCGUCCGCCACUGCGACUCAGACAGCGAAGGAGAAGGCGGUGGAGCAGUUCCAGGGGGACGAUGCGGGAAGGGAUGACGCAGAGAAAGGAGAGGCGGAGAGAGCAGCUGAGGCCUUGAUGGGCGUGUCGAAAGAGAAGUCGAGGUUAGCAGCGAGGAGCAAGAGCGGGCUGCGGUCGGGGGUCGAUAGUCCUGAUAGGUCGGUUUCAGUUACUACCACCCUUAUUCCUCCACCACCUACAGGGCACAGUCCUCAUCGUCAUCUUCUGCUGUGGGUGCAUGUUUCGCUGGAACUGACCCUGCUUGUAUUUAUUGCAUAUUUGGCUCUGGCGUUGUCUUCCUUUCGCCUGGAAUACCACCGAUAUUAG